CGGCAGUUCCAGUCGCGCCAUCGUCGUCAUGAAGACUCAUCUUCUUCGGGACCGCAAAAUUUGAUCUUCGGGGGUCUAAUUUGAUGUUGUCUCUUCGCCCCAUUUUCGGCGUUGCACCGAGUUCUUUAGCUCCUUCCACGCCUUGUUGCCAACCCCAUCUUCGUCCAGCUCAAUCUCUUCUAUUGUGGUCCAAGUUGUGUUUUGAGUUUCGGUGCCCACAGGCUUGUAAACUGUGGUGUGUUUGAUGAUUUUUGCCGGUGACGAAGUCGUGCAGUGGGUUUUCAGGAUCGGGAUGCAUGAAGUGAGCUGAUCCGGUUCGUUUGAGUUACAAUUAGUCAAAGUAAACUUUCUUGUGGGAAGUUAGGGGGAUGUUAUGGAGUUGGGUGUAGUUUUGGGCUUGAAUCGAGGAAAAAUGGUGUUGAUUGAGAGGAUGUGAUGACAGGUGACGGUUUUAGAGUUUCGUGGAAGAGCCGAGGCGGGUUUUCGUGAUUUUAUCUGAAAAUUGAACUGGGUUUACUAUGAUGAUGUGCGUUGAGGUUUUGGUAGUAGUUGGAUGGGUGGAGGAAUCAUCGCGAUUUUUUGAAAUUUCGUCUUGACAUGGCGCAUUCGAAGUGGUGUCUGCCCCCUUCUGUAGGUGUAGCUUGGAAGUUGUUAGGUCUUGUUGUCUUCGUUCUGCUGUUCCCUGAAGUUUCCCUACAGAAUUUGCAAUUUUUUUGCGUCGCGUCUGUGUUUUUGAAGGUUUCCUACGACAGAACUUGGCAGUGCAAUUUACACCGUUUUUCAAAGUUUCGAAUAACACUGCAAAGUGUCUGUUGAGGAAGCGGAGAACCUGACGUUGUUGCUGAACUUGAUGAUAUGAAUGUCAUGCACAGCGUGAAGCUUUCAUCGGUGACAUAUCCAGGCUUGCAAUCUUGACGGCUAUAAUAGUGGUUCUGGGUGUGUUUCAAUUUAAUCACGAACGAAACUCGCAUUCCAUCAGUGUGCUGACCGCUUUAAAAGUAGAAAAAGCAGAGUAUUCGCGUUAACGUUUGUCGUUUGAAUGGGAGAGCAUCAUGGACCGAAGAUCUGGAUGGUGAAAUUCGUCUGCCACACUUGCUAGCGUUGCCGCCCAUUCUUCACAUGAAUGGUUUUGACUGUCUCGGGGUUACAGCGUAUAGCUUAGGUGAUAAAUGAUCCGAAGGAAUAGAUGGAACAACGAGAACUAGUACAAAGGUCUCAAUCGAAACAAAAGUCAUCAAUGCAGCUACCUGACUGCCCAGUAUGCUGGGAUGGUUUUGAUGAUGGACCACGAAUGCCGCGUCUCUUACAUUGUGGACACACCAUUUGUCAGGUAUGCCUGCAGCAACUUCUCUUCGAGUCAGGGCUGGGCCAACGAUGUGUCCGCUGCCCAGAAUGCCGGGGGGUUUGCGUCUGGCGUGGCCUUCAAGAGCUCCCUAAAAACUACAUUCUCCUUCGAGUUAUCAGCUCAUCCUCGACACACAAGCCCACGGAGGUUCUUCCUCCAAGGCCUAUAUCAGAUUAUCCUGAACUCCCUCUCGUGUCACAGGUAUCACACAUCACGUCUCUCAUCAUCCAGCAUAUCCCAAGGAUGAUUGAGCGUAAGCUGUGGGACUUGGGCAAACUAACAUGGGCUCUGACAGCCAUGUUUGUGUUCCUACCCCUCUCCUUUGCCCACAUGGUGUUAGCAUGGUCGACAGCUGCGUUGGGCUCCUUCGUUUUUCUGUGGUUCUCAUUGGGAAGCAUGGGCAUUGCUGUGUUCAUGUUCUUCACUUGGUGUUGUUACAACAUGGCUCGGUUCUUGGUUGAGCUUGGUUUUUGUUGCUUCAGCCCAUCCAAUUACCGAGGAUCGGCUUCCAAUCGGCCAUACUCAUAGACAUCACGUUUUGAGGAUUGUCACAGUACAUCACAGACAUAGGUCGAGACCACUGUUAACAUGUACAUACAGAGGGACUAGAUGCCAGUUUACUCAGAAGACCGAUGUUAGUUUUAUAAGAGCCAGAUUUAGCAUUCUGCAGGCUCUUCAAGCGUUGUUUUCCUCCUGCAGAUUCACUACUGUGGGACUUAAACCCUUGUGUAGGGUAACACCGCAGAAGACAAAAAUGGGGCAUAAUUUGCUGUAGAAACCAUUUUGUCCGCACCCUUUAAUGAAUUUUGGAUAUUCCCCAAAAAGUAAUAAUUCAAAAGAUUGUAGAAAAGGAAAUAAUAUCAGUACAAUUGAUACUGAACAAUGAAGUGAUAUAACAAAUUAUUCAAAGUGAACAUUUUACAACA